AUGAAGCCAUCGCUAGUCACAGCACUGCUGCAUAUUGCGACCGCCACUACUGCGCAAGUAGUGUCGACUGGACGCACUAUCAACGUGGGCGGCAUUCAUUAUUUUGUUCCAGCGUGGUGUGUGGGCACAAUCAGUGAUGCACCCGUUGCAGAAGGCGAUGCUCUGCUUCCCGUCACGAUCGUCAACACAAAGUCAGCUUCUCUCAACGGAUCAGCUCUGUCGCAAAUCACAAAAGACUUUUUGGCGAAUGACGAUGUCAUACAAGAUGAGUUUCUGAAGGUGGUAUACCUGAUUGGGGGGCCGGCCAACUCUGCAGAGCCGCCUUCGUUGAGCAACGCGACAAUUGCAUGGGCAGAUUUAAAAAACGCCACCGUAACCGAUGGACCGCACUUUUUAUCUUCAUCUGGAAGGCUAUACAGCGCGUACCGGCUGUACACAGAUUUCGCCGGCGCCUUUAGCGAGACGAGCAUCACGGCGCCAGACGGGUCGCACGCCGUCUUGCCCGCCAAUGUGCCUGGACAGUCACUGGCUAUUGCCGUACCGUCGCGCCUAUCCUCUACUAAGACGCCAGACAGGCCGCUUGCCGGGCUCCGCCUCGGGGUCAAGGAUAUUUACGACAUUGACGGCCUCAAGACGUCCAACGGCAACCGGGCCUGGUACCAGCUGUACCCCGAGGCUAACCAGACGGCCAGCGCCGUGCAGAAGCUUGUCGACGCUGGCGCUGUGAUUGUUGGCAAGAUGAAAACGAGCCAGUUUGCAAAUGGGGAGACGGCCACGGCCGACUGGGUAGACUAUCACGCCCCGUUUAACCCGCGCGGUGACGGGUACCUCGAUCCGUCCUCGUCUUCUGCCGGACCAGCGGCGGGAGAAGCUUCGUAUCCAUGGCUUGACAUGGCCAUCGGUUCAGACACGGGAGGCAGCAUUCGCAGCCCCAGUCAGCUUCAAGGCAUCUACGGGAAUCGACCAAGCCAUGGAUUAAUCGCACUGGAUUAUACGAUGCCACUUUCCCCCGAAUACGACACCGCUGGACUCUUGGCUCGUGAUCCCAUUCUCUGGGCCGACACCGCGACGGUACUUUACCAGCUCAACAUUAGCAACUCCGACAUUUACCCCAAGCACAUCCUCGCCGUCGGCUUUCCCGCCGGCACCAACAAGAAGUUUGACCAGAUGCUACAGGCUUUUCUGCAUAAUAUGACGGACCUCUUGUCGGCCAGCGUCUCCGACUUUAACCUGACGGAGCGCUGGGCGGCCACCAAUCCCACCGCUGAACCGCUGCUGGCCUUCAUCAACAGCACGUACGAGGUGCUCUCCGCCAAGGAGCAGGGCCGGCUGGUGCGCGAUCCGUUCUACGCCGACUACGCGGCCCAGCACGACGGACGCCGUCCGCACGUGAAUCCCGCGCCGCUGCGCCGCUGGGCGCUGGGCGACAAUGCCAACGCGACCAUUGACGAGGCCAUGGCCAACAAGACGCGGUUCAUGAACUGGUUCAACGGAAAUGUCUUGAAGCCGGGCAAUGCGAGCUGCUCGAGCGACUUGUUCGUGUACGUCCCGCGGACGCCCGCGCCAAAGUACAGGGAUACCUACUGGAUGGGCCCGCAGGCACCGGGUGCGUUUUCCACGAGCCGAAUCUCGGUCAUGGCAGAGGUUCCGGAUAUUGUGAUUCCGAUUGGCGAGAUUGAGUACGAGUCCCAGGUGACGCAUCACACGGAGUAUUUGCCCGUUACGGUGGACUUGAUGGCGGCUAAAGGAUGCGAUGGGAUGCUGUUCUCGCUGGUAAGGAAAAUGCAUGAGACUGGAUUGAUAUCAGAGGUCAAGACUGGGCGAAGCUCGGUCACUGGCGGUGACAUCUUGUAUUAA